AGCGUAGUCCGAUCUGAGGAAGGAUAUUAACACACACACAUACAUACAUAUACACACACACACACCCACAACACACACACAUACACUAUAUACAUAUACACACACACACACACCACCACCACACACACCGUCGGAGCAUGUUUUCCAGGAGCGUGGACGUGUGUGUGACCCUGUGUCUGUGGAUUACUGUGAUAACGACCCCGGGGAGCGUGUGCGCGAGGAAGCAGGACGACUCCUUCUUCACGGCCAGUGUUUACCGAGCGAGAUGCGCCUCCAGAUGCCUCAGCCUGCACAUCACUCGCAUCUCCGCGUUCUUCAAGCACUCCCAGAAUAAUGGAUCCUUGGUUUGGUGCCAGAAUCACAAGCAGUGCUCAAAGUGCCUGGAGCCCUGCAAGGAAUCCUGGGACCUGAAGGAAAAUCAGUGCCAGGAUUUAUGCGAGCCCCUCUUUCCCAAGAAGCACUACGAGUGUCUGACGAGCUGUGAGUUCCUGAAGUCGGUGGAAGGAGUCAAGCAGGGCGACUGCCCCGCCCCGGAGAAGGCCAGCGGAUUUGCAGCGGCCUGCGUGGAGAGCUGCGAGGAGGACGGAGAGUGUUCGUCUGUCAAAAAGUGUUGCUCCAAUGGCUGCGGACACACCUGCCAGCUGCCCAAAAAUCUCUACAAAGGAGUCCCCCUGAAGCCCAGGAAGGAACUGGUGUUUUUGGAGCAGCAGUCGGGUCAGCUGGAGAUCCGAUGGUCCUCCAAGUUCAACAUCUCGGUGGAGCCUGUCCUCUAUGUGGUGCAGCGCCGCUGGAACUACGGCAUCCAUCCCAGUGAAGAUGACGCCACAGAAUGGCUAACUGUGGCACAAACUGCAGAGGAACGCGUCCAACUGGCUGACAUCAGAGCCAGCAGAUGGUACCAGUUCAGAGUGGCUGCAGUCAAUGUCCACGGGACCCGCGGCUUCACCGCCCCAAGCAAACACUUCCGCUCUUCCAGAGAUCCAUCUGCCCCUCCCCGCCCUGCCAGCGUGCGUGUCACCAACAUGACGCUCAACAGCGAUGACGGCCUGGUGACAGUUCGCCUCAACUGGACCCUACCCGAGGAGCCCGACAUCCCCAUCCAUCAUUACAAAGUCUUCUGGAGCUGGACCGUACCCAGCAAGUCAAUGGUGCCAUCCAAGAAAAAGAGGAGAAAGACCACCAACGGGGCCCAGAGCUGGGUGGAUCUGGAGGGGCUGCAGGCAAACGGCAGUUACACCGUGGAGCUGCAGGCCAUCACCUACUGGGGACAGGUGCGUCUGAAGAGUCCCAAGGCUUCUCUCCACUUUACUACUGCCCAGAAUAAUGACUCAGUCAAAUCAGCGCUUAAGCCAAAGAAGGAGGAGAUAUCUCCCGUCGGUCCGAUGCUGGCCAAACGUCCCUCUGGCCCGCUGGAGAUAGGCACGCCUUUCUACCAGGACGGCCAGCUGCAGGUCCGCGUCUACUGGAAGAAUCGUGGAGACCCGACGGUGAGCCGCUACCAUGUCCAGUGGGUGCCCGAGUACUGCAACCACAAUGAGACCCGAGGACCGGAAAAAUCUGUCACACAGGAGAACUACAUCAACCUCCCGGGCCUGCUGUUCUCCUGCAAGUACAAAGUCACCGUUCACAUGCUCAAGUCCAAGAGACGCUCCAAGGACGAGAGCACCACCUUCCUCACCCCAUCCUGUGCUACCAUCCGCAGCAAAACCCACAAACACAUCCCCUGCCCAGGGGAAGGAGCUCCAGGGCUUCCUAAGGUGUUGGCCAAGCCAGAGAAUCUGACUGCUUCCUUCUCCAUCAACGAGGGGAACAUCACCGGCAACUUCCUGUGGCGUGUGUCCAGGGUCGCCCCCCACCUGCGAAUCACUGGCUUCCAGGUCACCUGGGCCGAGGUCACCACCGAGAGCAGACAAAAUAGGCUGCCCAACAGCAUCAUCUCUCAGUCCAAAUCCUUCCCCCAUAAAAGAGAAUAUCUGUCCCCUGGCACAGAGGGGGUUGUUUUGUCCAACGAAAGAAAGCCGAGAGCCGAGUCCAGCACCUUCGCGAGCACAUCGCCGCUGCCCAGUGAAACGCUUGUUCGGAUUCAGACGGCUGGGGCCGAGGGGGCCGGGGCCGAGGGGGCGGGGGCCGAGGAGGCGGGGGCCGAGGAGGCCGGGGGCCGAGGAGACUGGACGCCCCGCGGCACGCAAUCGCCUUUCAGAGCAGCCUUGGACGCACGCUUUCAUAACAGAGAGCGAUGUGAAAUCCCCGCUCUGCAGCAGCAGCAGCAGCAGCAGCCCUUUCAAGCUGACGGCGAUGGCGAGAGCACAUGA